AGCAUCGAUGGGAGGAAAAUAAAAAUCGAUUAAAACCACUGUAAUUCGCGGGUGUAAAACCUCUCACUUUGUCCUUUUUCCGCGACCGUAGGCUCGCAUUGAUUGGCCUAUAACGCUGCCACCGUGCCGGAGGGGACGGCAGAGAGCAGAAGAGCUGCUCCGUUUGAAACCAAGUUGCCUCGGUAAGAGGGUUUAGCUGACGUGUGGAGAAGUUGAGACUGCCAGAGAGCAGAUAAACAAACAUAAACAACGCAGGGAUCAGCUGAGCGCCUGUUUUCCCGAACCGAGCCAGCAGCGCGGAGAGAUGUCAGGGGGAGCGAGUUUCCUCUUCUGUGGCCGACAAUGAUCCUCAGGAGACGGUGACUCCACACUGACACCAGCUCCAUGUCAACUGUCAACACUGGCACACAAAGACUCUCGGAAACACAACACGAGGAGCAGCCAUAGGCAUUAGCAGCAAACCCCCUGCUCCUGCCACUGUCUCUUUGUCAACACAUAGCCAGGCUAGCAUGGACAGUCAAUGAGUUUACCCUCCACUUUUCAGCUGUAACGACACGAAUAUAUAUUACAGUGCAAGGAGACGGAGAAGUGGGAUUAACAUGGCCCACCAGGCAACCCCUAGUUCCCAGAAGGCCCUGAUGAUGGAGCUGAAGUCUCUGCAGGAGCAGCCGGUGGAGGGUUUCCGCAUCACUCUGGUGGAAGAGUCGGACCUCUACAACUGGGAAGUGGCCAUCUUUGGGCCCCCGAACACCCUGUAUGAGGGAGGCUACUUUAAGGCUCACCUCAAAUUCCCAGUCGACUACCCGUACUCCCCACCGACCUUCCGCUUCCUCACCAAGAUGUGGCACCCCAAUAUCUAUGAGAACGGAGACGUGUGCAUCUCUAUCCUGCACCCUCCUGUCGAUGACCCUCAGAGCGGGGAGCUGCCCUCUGAAAGGUGGAACCCCACACAGAACGUCAGGACCAUCCUGCUCAGCGUCAUCUCUCUGCUCAAUGAGCCCAACACCUUCUCUCCAGCCAAUGUGGACGCCUCCGUCAUGUUUCGCAAAUGGAGGGACAGCAAAGGCAAAGACAAGGAGUAUGCAGAAAUUAUCAGGAAACAGGUGAUGUCAACAGCGGCGGAGGCUGAGCGCGAUGGGGUCAAGGUGCCGACCACAUUGGCGGAGUACUGCGUCCAGACUAGGGUCCCCUCCCAGGACAGCAGUUCAGACCUUCUCUAUGAUGACCUAUAUGACGACGAUAUGGAAGAGGAGGACGAGGAGGACGAUGAGAGUGAGAUGGAGUCCAUAGGUGAAGCCGGGGGGUACAGCGCCGUGGAGGACGGUGGGACGUCCACCAGACGUUACGACAACCAGGACGACUCUGGCAACGAAGACUCAUGAUGAUCUGGAUGAUAAAUGAUCCUUGCCAACUCCCCCCACCACCCUCCUCCUUUUAUGUGUUACUUUCUGUGUGUGUGUGUGUGGUGUGUGCGCGUGUGUGUGUUUGUAUGUGCACAUACAGUGGGGUCAAAAGUCUACUGCCAAGAACUUUUCAUCAUUUAUUAAACAAAUACAAAUAACUAGUCAAAGAAUAGGUUUCAAAUACUAUGACAUAAGUUUUCAGCUAAAGUUUGUUGGUACUGUUUUCACUGAAAGUCAGAAUUUGGUGUUUCCACCAUUUGCCUUAAUUACAGCUUGCACUCUGUCCAGCUACACAUGUUUUGCAGAGUUUAAGAAGUGAAAUUCCAGCACUGUUUGAAAGCACCACCUGAGUGUUUUAGAUGUUAUAUUUUGUGUUUUUAAAUAUUCCCAUUGAUGGCAUGCAUCUGCAGAACAGAGCAGUAUUUCUGUAGAGACCGCUGACAGUGUUUCACUGUAGUCUUCAUAUUAGAAUUUAAUGCAACCAGCUCUUCACAUCCUAUGCUGCAAGUUGUUGAGUUGCUACCAUGAACCUUAACUCUAAUCUUUUUUUUCUCUCUCUUGUAAACCAGUUUAUUCAGUAUUAUUUAGGGAUGCACUGAUCUGACUUUUACAGUUCAAUACUGAUACCUCAGUUUUACGUACUGAUCCAAUACCAGUAUUUUAUCAAUGAGCUGUUUGCCUAAAUGUGAGGAAGAGUCAGGCUUGACUUCAGCAUUGUUUUCCUAACAUCGUAAAAGUAAAAAAACAAAAAACAUAGUUAUAAAUGGACUGAAUUGUUAUUCCAAUAGUCCAUUCACCGAUCCAGCUAUAUGUGUUAGUAUCCAACAGAUAUCUACAUUAUCAGUAUCAGUGCAUCUCUAGUAUUGUUCAGUCAGACUUGUUUUAUCGUUGUGGUUUCCUACACAAUUUGAGGGUCUUUUAACUCAAGUUUUGUCAGCUCCUUUGUUCCACUGGCCUUGUCUCUCGGAUGCAGAUGCAGUUCAGUCUCGUAAACAUGCCAGCUUUAUGCUCUGGUAAUCAGGUGGUGCCAUCUCUGUCCCAGUUUGAAUGAAUAUUUCAUGUUCUUUUGUUUGUUUUCUUUUUUUUUUCAAAAUCUCUCCAGCCAGCGUUUUGCAGCCCUCACAAAAACAAUAUGGCUGCUUUGCAAAAUUAUUUUGUUCAACACAUUUUCAGGCAUAACCAGUAAUCGUAAUAACUAUUAAUACAGUGUAGUAGGAGCAUACACGUAUUCGUGUUUGAAUGACACUGUGUGCAGAGCAAAACAACAUUUUUAGAAGGUCUUUCCAUCACAUGUAUUUCAAUUACUUUUAAGCAUUUUCCAAAGAAAAAAAAACUUUUAUCAAUUAUAAGUAAUGUAUUCUCUUUUGAAAACCAUCAUCUAAGUAAACAACUUUUUGAUAAAUGAUGAAAACAUGUCCUUGUGGUGGUCUCUUGAACCCCACUGUUGCUGGUCGCCUGUCUGUCUGGCGAGUCCAUGUCAGAUUGUAUGGUUUUAUGUUAAGUCUUGCUCUGUCUUUCCUUGUUGCCCUUUAUGUUUUUUUUAAAUGUUUAUUUAGUUGACAUUUUGUUCUCCUUGACUUGUGUCUUGUAUUUUCUGGGAUGGUGCAGAAAGUCUGACCAACGGAUUUGGCUUUUAACUAGUCGAUGAGCUGGCCGGCUGGCCGGCUUGUCCUGUCACUGUCCCAUGGCAGAAUAUCUCUGUCCCGCUCAUGCCUGUCUGUUUGACUUUGAUGCAAUCAACUUAAACUUGCAAUCACAGACUCUGCUGUGACUCACUCCACCCUCUUGGACCCACCUUCAGUAGUGUCCAUCACCACUGCUCCCUUCACGACCCCUCAAAGUAAACUCAUUAGGUUGAAGGUGAACAAGGUGAAGACCUUUUUCUGACAUCACCUCCUACACCUCUCUCUGCCUCUUAAACCUCAGGGCCUCAACAAGACUUUCACUGAGAGAGAAAAACAGUCAAAUAGAAACUUAACACACAAACUGCUCCUCACCUUCAUUUUAUUUCAGAUUUUUCUGUAUCACUGGUGUUCUUAGAGGGCAGAGAGUGACCUGAAAGUCUCCAAUCCCACCGCCAGCGGAGUGUUGCUGUUGGUCCUGAUUAGGGUCCUUUUAAGUUGUUUCCUUCUUGGUAGAUUAGACUCAAAUGAAAAACAAAAAAAUCUAAAUAUGAAAUGAUGACUUUCUCCUCCAGACGAUGCUCACAUUAUGUUGCGAUAGAUGUGAAAAUGUUACGUUUUUUGCGCCGUGAGUCCAACUUACGCUUACUGCAACUUAGUGAAAAUUGGACAUUGUUAACUGUGCUACAACACAUCCAGAGUAUGUUUAUCGACAGGGACAAAAUCAACAUGCAGCUUAGCUACACAUUAGCAUUUGAAUGAAUAUGACACUGAUUGCCUGUUAUCUGUGUGCGUGUAUGUGUGUGUGUGUAUUAUUGCAUUUACUAUUCAUCUAUUGACAGUGUCUCUGUGGAAUCAAUGCAGACUUCUGUCACUUGAGUGAGUUUGCCCAAAUGACCUUUUGGACUUUGUCCAGUUGAGAAAACAUUCAAUGUGUGUUUGCACUGUGCUGUUUUGGGAGGCCUGAACUUGCUGAGGAUUUGACUGAUAAAAAAAAAAAAACACCCUCUGAGUAUUAAACCCUUGAACACACUGAGCAGCAUUAUGUGACUAAUAUUACUCGUAUGGCAUCCAGCAAACCAUGAGUUCACAGGUUUGAGCUGCAUUUUAUGGUUGUGGGUGUGAAUCUGUUAAACCUGUUCAACACAACAGCACACCGGGCAAACCUUUUGAUUCCAAUGGAUGGAUUUUAUGCCAAGGAAACCAAGUACAACUCGACAACCGUUAUUUUAAGGACUAUGGAGCAAUGGAUGCAUGUAGAGGAUUUUCAAGCUGAAACUCUUAAAGAGAUGCGUUUUGCAUUUUAAUGUGAAGCCAAAGGAGUGAAAUUUUCCCCCCCUAGACCCUGUGCUUUCAAAGCCCAGACAGACUGAAUUCUGUUGAGGAUGUGGAGAGACUAAAGGCAAGAGGAAAUCCACACCUAAACCAGAUCUUUAAAGGAUGUGAUAUCAAGGCACAAUAGGAUGUGGGUAGAUGCCAGAGAUUCUGGACUUUGCUUCAUGUGGUCCCCAUUUUUGCCCAUUUAUUACCAUAUAGAAAGGAAGUUAAGUCAUAGUAAAGAUAAGUACUUAUCUUAUGUGUGCGUGUGUGUGUAUGUGUGUGUGUUUAAAUAUGAAGCUCUCACCAGCAGUCAGUUGGCUUAGCUUGGCAUAGCAUAAAGACUGGAAGAAGGGGGAAGAAGCUGGCUUUGUUUCAUCCUAAAGUGAAUGAAACAGCCUACCAGAACCUCUGAAGCGCACUAAUUAACAUGUUGGACUUGUUUGAAUUACAAUUUGUGACGAUACAGGGGGUUACAUGCCGGACAAUUUCUUGUCCAGGAGUUGUGACUUCAGGUAGUCCCUAGUUUGUGCUAUGCUAAGCUAACCGGCUCCUGGCAGUGACCUCAUAUUUAACAGACACACAUGAGAGCAGUAUCAAUCUUUUCAUCUAACUCUUGCUUUAAAACCAGGUUUUUCCCCACUACAAAUUCAGAAAUCAUCAUUGUUUCUAUCACUUAUUAAAGUUUAGGUCUAGUGUAGCCUGUAUGAUAGCAAUUGACUGAUGAGAUUAGAGCUCUUUAAUCUUAAAAUUCUCCACUUUUUAACUUAAAUGUAUGCCUUGUUUUCAUAGGGGCAGGUGGAAAGAAAAGCUAAGGGGGCCUUUUGAGGAAAUUCUCAAACUCAACCUAAGAAAUGAUUCACUAAAAAGGACCGCAGUUUAAGAUGUUAUUCCAUCCACACUGUUAAGUACCGAAAGAAAACUCUGAAUGAAAUCAUUUAGUUCAUUUAAUCUGUGUGUGAGCAUGUGUGUGCACAAGUGUGUAAUAUUUGAAGUGUGAGCUGACACUGUGAGAUCCAGCUGAGGAUGUUGCACAGUCAAACACUUAAUAGACUUACCUGCGUGUGUCCACAGUGCCACCACAUGUCCACACCUGUCAAUGUCAAUGCUGUCCUUGUUGGUUUCUUCUUUGAUUCUUUUUUUUUUUUCUUCAUCAUUUUGUGUUUGUGAGGAUGCAUAUGUCACUCAUAAAGUUUCUAUUGUAAAAAAAAAAACAACAACAAAAAAAUCCCCAAAAAUAAGAAAAACAACAUUGUUGGUUUUGUUUGCAAUAUAGCUUUGAUAUCUGUUGCUAAGCCCACAUGUCAUGGAAAACAGACAACACAGCAAAGUUGGUUUUUGGAGUACAAUUAGAGGAGUGAUAUGCAAACUGAGGAAUACAGUUAUUGUGGUUACGUUGGAAAAUCAUUCUAAAUAAAACCAGUAUGUCAUUGAAGCCUGCUGAAAGGUUAUUUUGCCUCCCAAAAAUAAUGUCCUUGGUUUCUGUGGAGACCUCACUGUGAGGGGUUUUCAUUGGAACUACUUUUUAUGGAUGAAAUGAACCUUUUAGAACAGUUUGGUAUUGUUUCUGGGAAGUCACAUUGCUAAUACAUUUUUAAAUAUACCUUUACAAAGCAAGAAGCACCACAAACCA